AUGACUGAGAACUCGGAUGGACAAUGUGUGAUUUGCAACAAAAUAAUAAGUAAUAGCUCACUGGUACCUGCAAAGCUUAAACGACAUCUUUACACGAACCACCCAGAACUGAAAGAUAAAAGCGUCAGCUUUUUUGAAAGACACAAAGAAGUGCGUAGAACUGGUGCAGCUGCUAUACAAAAAUUUGUAAAGACCGAUAAUGAAAAUGCAACAGAGGCAUCAUUUCUGCUAAGUUACAAAAUCGCUCGUGCUGGUAAACCACACACGAUUGCAGAGGAUUUAAUAAAUUACAGAAAUUUUCACUUGUGUACUUGGAGAAGAAGCAGAAAGAAAGUGUCAGCAGUGCAGUGUUCAAAUAACGUCAUUUCUGAUCGAAUUCAUAAGAUUUCUGAUCGAAUUCAUAAGAUUUCUGACCAUAUUCAAGAUGAAUUAAUUAGUAGAUUGAAGAUCAGCGAGAUGUUUGCAAUGCAACUGGACGAAAGUACAGAUUUCGUCGGGUUAUCAAUACUGCUUGUUUUUGUGAGAUAUCCCUUUGGAGGAUCUAUUGAAGAGGAUUUGUUUCUUUGUACUCCUUUAGAAACCAACACAACCGGAGAAGAAAUUUUUAAAGUUAUCGAUAGUUACAUGACUAAGCACCAUAUUGAUUGGAACAAAUGUAUUACAUGUGUAGUGAUGGAGCGGCAGCUAUGGUUGGCAAAAUAA